AUGGAAGAUUCAGUUGGCCGCCAUCCAAAAGCAUGUUUAACCUGCGCUAAGGCUAAAGUUCGAUGUUCACCAGAGGCGAAUGGGCCGUGUCAGCGUUGCCGCCGCUUGGGUAAAGAAUGCGGCAAUCAACUACCAGGGGCUCAUCGGCGCUCAAAACGAUCAGGAACAAAUGGCUCCGAUGUCGCUAUAUUGGAAGCCAAGCUGGACCGCAUGGUCGCUAUGCUGGCUGAUUCAGCUCCAAGGUCAUCUGGUAGGGAAGAAAGUGUCGCGUCUCCCGGUGAUGUCGACGGCCAGCUUUUGAUGGAAGUGUUCAUGAAUAGAAUGCUGCCUCUCUUUCCUUUCCUGGUGAUCCCCACACAUGUCACCGCGGAAGAACUGCGUCGAGACAAACCAUUUCUGUAUAUGAAUAUUUCAAUGAUUGCAUGUCCAAAUGCUCCACAUCAACGGAAAAUCGCUGAUGCAGUGCAAGAAUAUGUAGCAGAGCACAUCAUCAUCAAAGGAGAACAGAGUCUGGAUCUACUUCAGGGUCUUCUUCUCAAUGUGACCUGGUUCACCACCGUCAGCCGUUUCCCACGGGGUGCUGCUCGCUGUGAAACCAAUCCUGACGUGCUGAGAUACGAGACAGAUGCUCGCCAUGUUACCCGCAACACUGCUCAGAUUGAUAAUUUUGUGCACCUCCUUGUGGCUCAGUCAGUGAGCUUGGGUUUAAACCAGGAUCCAACCUACCAGAAAAACCUCAAUUAUCCGUUGACUUAUAUAAGAGAAACCAUACACGGGGACAAUCACAAUCCUCCACGCACAUUGGAAGAGCGUCGAGCUUACCUUGGAUGCUACUAUAUGACUACGAUGCUCUCUGCAUGUGCGAAAGACUUGGGCACAAUUAUUCGCUUUACAAAAUAUACCGAAGAUUGCUGCGAUGUUCUGGAGCAGGCUGCAGAAUAUCCCUCCGAUGGUUAUUUGGUUCAAUUGGUUCGGGUAAUGAAUCUUGCAGAAAAGAUUCACAACACUAUGUAUCGAACCGAACUUCAUUUUUCAUCUGCCCCAUCUCCGCCUCUUGGACUGAGCAUACGAUGGCUCGAAGCUGAGCUUAAACAACUCAAAGCUCGAAUGCAGUACGAGGAACCAUACUCGACCAUUCUCUCAUUCCACUACAACACGCUGGAAAUUCACCUUUACCGAGUUGCCCUGAGUGCAAAUCAGUCCGAAUCUCACUACGGCGACUAUCCUCUAGCGAGAUUAGAUCUCCUGUUCCGGGCACUGGAAGCAACAAGUUCGUUCUUCAGAAACAUGUACUCUCUUCCCGCCUCCCUUUUCCCUUAUUUUCCAUUCACUGUCAUGAGUCAAUUCGGAAAGGCGAUGAUCACCCUUUCCCAACUCUCCCUUCACAACCAUGCAGGCUGGGACCGAACGUACGUGGAAAGCACGAUAGACUUCAACCAGGUGAUCAACACUAUGGGAGAAAAGCUUAAAGAAAGCCGACCAUUCUUCGAGCAGGUUCUAAACAAAGAGUCUGGUCCAGCGGAGCUGCCUGAGAUUUUUGAAAGAAUGGCCCUUCGAGGGAACGUGAUAAAGCAAAUGCAUCAGAAGAGGAAAGACGCGCUAGAGCAGACCACGCCCCCGGCAACUCUGAAUCUCAUGGAUUACGACUUCAUGAUGAAUACGCCUUUCGAUAUUUUAUUUCCCUUCGGAGACAGCUUCACAAUUGGACCAACUGCCAUCCGUGCCGUUCAACAAUGGCCAGAUAUGGCAGAGAAGAAUGAGAGAAUAGCCGACAGCCCAUGGAUUUCAUGGCACAAAAUCAACGGCGAAAGAAUUUCAGGCCCUGAACCUCUCAGGUUUAACCCUAUUGUAAACAGCAGCGGUCAAGACGAAGCUCCACAUCGGGUAUACCGGCAUAGCCGUCCUGCUUUCCAUAAAAUGUUAUCGGAUCAAGCCGAAAGGAUUGGAAUCAUUGUGGAAUACGGCAAGAGAGUUAUUGGAUACUACGAGGUAGACGACAAAGCGGGUGUUACUUUGGAAGAUGGAGAGAGGAUUGAAUCUGACAUUGUUAUUGCUGCUGAUGGGAUCGGAAGCAAAUCAUCUAUGGUGACCAUGGGUCGAGAGCUUAGAGCUCGUUCUUCUGGUUGGGCGAUGUACAGAGCUGCGUUUCCUGUGGAACUGGCAAUGGUAGAUCCUAUGGUUCGGGAGCGAUUCCAGCUGCUGGAGGAUGGGACAUCCGUGAUGGAGCUGUGGAUGGGAAAUGGACAGCACGUCGUAUUCGGGCGGAGUGAGGAAACCAUGACAUGGGCAAUGACCUAUGCAGACAACAGAGACGAAACAGAGUCAUGGUCAAAACUCACAGACCCAAAAACCGUUCUCAAAAUGACAGCUACUAUCCCAGGAUGGCCCGAAGUCGCAGACCGAGUGAUCAAUCGCACUCCCCUUGACCGUCUUCACGAUUUCAAACUGAUGUGGCGAGAGCCACAGCCCUGCUGGGCCUCGCCUAACGGGCGUGUCGUGCAGAUAGGCGAUGCAGCGCACACUUUCCUUCCAUCUUCUGGUAGUGGUGCUACGCAGGGAAUAGAAGACGCGGUUUCAAUUGCUGCCUGCUUGGGUCUUGCUGGGAAGGAUAAUGUUCCCUGGGCUUCGAAGGUUCAUAAUAAAUUACGAUUCGAGCGUGUUGCAUGCCUCCAGAAACUGGGCAUCGUCAACCAAGAGUCCCGGCACCGAUCCGUCAAUUCCAAAAAUGUAUCACAAUCAAAGUCUAAGGGUUUAUUGGCUGCUUGGAUCUGGAGACAUGACCCGGGACGCUACGCAGUCGAAAACUACGAGAAAGUGCUCGCGCAUUUGGUCGAGGGUGUCCCAUUUGCUAAUACCAACAUCCCACCCGGUCAUGUCUAUAAACCAUGGACUAUUGAUGAUCUGCUGGGCGCCAAGGAGCGAGGCGAGGAGAUCGAACUUGAUGGGAACUGGGAUUGA